UCACCGAGAUUCCGAAUAUGGUUGUUCUAGAUCACAUACAAACAGAGGUGAAUGAGUUUAAAAAAUUUAAUUUGUCGAUCCUAUCUGAUCCUUCGUUUAAUUAUCUGAUCGUAUCAUCCUUGAACGAAUCCAAGGUCUUUUUGGCAUUGGACAGUUUAAAAAAGUCUUGCGCAAGUUUGCAAGCAGAACAAUACGAAGUUGCCUUACACCAUGCAAAGAAAGCAAUAGAAAGAGCUGAAUCGGCAUUUUUUGAUCCCACAAUGGUGUCAAUGUUAUAUUUUCCCGACGAACACAAGUACGCUAUAUAUAUGCCGUUGUUUGUGCCCAUUUCGGUCCCAUUACUCGUUGCAAUUUUCAGAGAGGGUAUUAAAUCUGAUUUGAGUGAAUUUUAUCGAUAUACAAUAUCUAGAUUGUUGAAAUGA